AUGGAUCGCAAUCGCCUGAUUCAAUGCCAGGGCGAUAAUCUCGCUUAUAUCAAGCACUUGGAAUUACGCAUUAUCGAGCUUGAGAGUACUUGCUCAUCCCGUCAUCCCGAAUCCCCAGGAAGUCGUCAGCAGAUAAGGGGACAGUGCAGACCUUGCGAGGUCUGCCGAAACCUCAGUCUUUACACACAAGAUGUCGGUGAUUCCCAAGAAAUAUCCUCCGAUAGUAUACAACUGGCCUCUGAAAGUUGUUACGACAAUCAAUCAAGUCAACACAACAACAGACCCCUAGAGAGUACAUUCGCCUUCAUCCCAUACGAGCCAUCAGUAAUGACGGAAUCACCAGUCACAACCGACUCUUUAGCACUGACCAAAUCUGCACAAAAGAGUCGGAAUCGUUUGUCCUCGUUCAUAUCCUCAGUUGGUAAUCUACCUGAAUCUCCUCAUUGGAAAAAAUGGACCUCCAUCAGUGAAACUCAACGAAAGAAUAUCAUUUUUAGCUUGGUAUCUGGAUUAGCCUUCCCGAAUGAUGAAAAUCCGAUCGUAUCCAAGCAACCUGCCGCAAUAUCCAUCCUGCUACAAUACGGCACUACCAUGGAACUGGCGGAAACGAAGCCCACCUUGGCGAAAUUAGGAGCAGAACGUCCGUUUGCUUGCUUCCAGGAGCUUAUAUUCUGUUCACUGUGUGCAGUUGCCUUGGAAGUCACACCAAAAGAGAAUGUGUUUCAAGCUAUGCGGUCGGUUUUCCGCUCUGAUGCCAAAUCAGAGUCUCUCAGAGCACGAAUUCGUGGUGCAAAAUGGGCAAACCGGGCCAUUCAUCUUUUAUCACGCACUAACUGGGGCUCUUAUAGCUGGGACAUCAUCUAUGUUGGUAUGGAACAAUUCCAAGUUCUCCUGGACAAGCUAACUUCUGGUGUCGGCAGCUAG